GAAAUUGCCCACUUUAUAUUACCCACAUUCAAUAUCUUACUAGGUUUAGGCUGCUCUUCUUAACUUAAGUUAUCUCAUCUACCUUUUGCCUCUGGGCUUUUAUCUUCCUCUAUUCUGUAUACCUUUCUUUAUUUCUUGCUCUGUGGCUUUCUGUGUAGCUGGGUGGCUAGCCCCUGGUGUCCUCUUUUUUUCUUACUCCUUAUUUUUUCCUCACAGAUUUCUCCUCCCAUUUAUUGUCUCUGCCUACUAGCACCACUUGUCCUUUCCUGACAAAUUAUUGGCUGUUGGGCUCUUUAUUAUACCAAUCAAUUAUUUUGGACAGGCUUUAGAAGUAUCACAAUGUCACAGAGUUAAACAAAUGUAACAUAAAAGAAUGCAACAUAUCUUUGCAUCAUUAAAACAAAAGUUCCCAGCAUAAACAAAUAUAGCACAUCUUAAAAUCAUUUUCCACAACAAUCUGGGUUGUGUUUUGAGACCACAAGAUGUUGAGAUACCUAAGCUAUGAGAUGUCUUCUAUGGAGACCUAGCUGUAUAUAGGGAGUUGAAGUAACCAAAGAGAGAUGUAUGAGAAGUUGCAUGUAUAAGGCCAGCUAAGCCCUUUGAAACUGACACCCUAUGUAUCUGAGACAGAGAUACAGGAUUUAAUGUUUGUCAUGUUGUGCUUCAGUCUUGUCUUGGUCCAGUCUUCACUCGAUAUAUCUCCAUUUCUCUCUUUUGGAAUAUGAAUGGUAUUCUGUACUAUUGUAUAUUAGAAAAAUUUAACUUGAUUUCUGAUUUUAUAACAUGUUACUGUCAAGAUAUUGUCUUGAGUAUCAGAAGAGACGAUAUUUGAACAAGGUAAGGGAUGUUGCAAACUAUGAGUAUCAUUGUAGCAACUAAAUGCAUUUUCUUCUUGGAUGAUCAUGAGCCUAAAGUGACCUGGGUCAGAAUAGAGUUGAUUUAAAACCUCCCAGGUAGGAUGAUAUAUUUGAAAUAUGUCUCUCUUUGGUGACUUUCUUUCAGUUGUUUGUAAAGCCUUUACUAGGAGGAGCCUUUCUGGAUGAAAUUCCUCAUUGGGAAUAUGAUAUGAAUCUCUAUAGCCUCAACCCCUUUUCUGUUCUUUGUGUCUACUAUGUUGUGGUUGAAACUAAGCCAGUUUCCUUUCUGUACUGUCAAGCCUUCAGCACCAUUAUAGACUCUAUCUGUAAAUCACAUAAGAUACAGCAGAAGCAAUUGUCAUUCAGUGCUUAGGCAGUUGGGUAGCCUGCUGUUUUAAUUAUUUUGCUUGUUUGUUUUUGAAAACAAGGUUUGUCUGUGUAGCCCUGGGUGUCCUGAAAGUAUACUUCUGUACACUAGGCUGACUUUGAACUCAGAGAUCCCCUUUACUCUGGCUCCCAAGUCAUGGGAUUAAUGGUGGGCCAACAUUCCUAGCUUUAUUUGUUUUUAUAUUAUUGGAUGAUGGGCCUGGAAUGUAGGUUUUGGUACAUGUCAAGCAUAGGCUGUUGUGCUGAGCUUCACCCAUAUUGUGAAUUUUAAAAUUUGGCAGAGGGUAUCAUUCUGUUUUUCUGGAUAGCAUGUAUUCAUGACAUUAAUAGUGCCUGAGCCUACUGAGGCAUUGGAUUGCAGGGGCAUGACCUUCUUCCUGCCUGUUGUAUUUGUUUUGAAUAUUUAAAUAAAUAUGAGUAUUUUACCUCUAUGCAUCGAUAUACACCAUGUGGGUACCUGGUCAUCACAGUGAUCAAAAGAUGAUCACAGAAAUUCUGAACUUGGAGUAAUGAAUUGUUGUGAUCCUCCAUGUAAGUACUGGCAAUUGAGCCCACCUAUAUGCAAAACCAGUAAGAGCUCUGUACUACUGAGCAAUCUCUCCUGCCCUGUGUUGAUUAUUUAUGAUCAACAUUUAUAUUGCUAAGGUUUUUAUCUGUUCGUUUGUAACUGUUUAAACCCACAGUGCCUUUUGGUAAAUUUUGAUGUUACAGUUUAAAUUGGGGUACUUCAGGUUUCUGGAAGAUGAAUACAGAACUAGUGUGACUGCCUAACACUUUGUAGGAACUUCAGUUAAAACAUCCAAGUUCUUUCUAACUUUUUUAUUUGUUUGAUUGACUUUUGCAUGGGAGACGGGGUCUUAAUAUGUACUUCUAGCUGUCAUAGACAUGAAUGCAUAGAGUAGGCUGUAAUUCAACUCGGGGUAUCUGCCUCUGCCUUCUGAGUGUUGGGGUUAAAGGCAUGAGCCAAUACAUCCAGUUUGUCCAUUUUAUUUUUCUUUUUUGUAGUAAUUGUACAUAAAUUUCUCUCAUGUAUACUCUGCACUAUUGAUCGGUUUACUUGUCUCUCUAUGUUUGAUAAUAGGCAUUUCUCUUGUAAGAUGAUAUCCUAUUCAAAGGGUACAGAAAUGACAGAAGUGAACCUACUAUUCAGUUUUCUUCUAAAAUGAUUAGGUGAUUACAUUAUAAUGGCAAUGCCAUGAAUUAAGUGUGGGGAGCAUCAGAAUUAUAUGAUUAUAUUGUCAAAUAAUACAUUAACAAUGGUAGUAUCAUGCUCUCUUUUGUACACAUGUAUGGAAUAUUUUAGAGUGCAGUGACCUAUGAUGAUGUACAUGUUGACUUCACUUGGGAAGAGUGGAAUUUGCUGGAUCCUUCCCAGAAGAAUCUCUACAAAUAUGUGAUGCUGGAGACCUACAGGAAUCUCAUUACUAUAGGAUACAGUUGGAAAGACCAUAAUAUUGAAGAACAUUGUCAAAGUUCUAGAAGACAUGAAAGGAAAGAAAGAAGUCAAACUGGAGAGAAACCUUCAAUAUAUACUCAAUGUGUUAAAGCCUUUGCACAUCUUAGUACUCUUCAAUUGCAUGAAAAAACACACACUAAAGUGAAGCCCUAUGAAUGCAAUCAGUGUGGUAAAGCCUUUGCAUGCAUCAGUAAUCUUCAAAUGCAUCAAAGAACACAUAUUGGAGAGAAACCCUAUGAAUGUAAUCAGUGUGGUAAGGCCUUUGCACAACACAGUACUCUUAAAAUGCAUAAAAGAACGCAUACUGGAGAGAAACCCUAUGAAUGUAAUCAGUGUGAUAAAGCCUUUGCACAACUCAGUCAUCUUCAAAUGCAUCAAAGGACACAUACUGGAGAGAAACCCUAUGAAUGUAAUCAGUGUGGUAAAGCCUUUGCAUAUGUCAGUAAUCUUCAAAUGCAUCAAAGAACACAUACUGGAGAGAAACCCUAUGAAUGUACUCAGUGUGAUAAAGCCUUUGCACAACACAGUCAUCUUCAAAUGCAUCAAAGAACACAUACUGGAGAGAAACCCUAUGAAUGUACUCAGUGUGAUAAAGCCUUUGCACGACAUAGUCAUCUUCAAAGGCAUAAAAGAACACAUACUGGAGAGAAACCCUAUGAAUGUAAUCAGUGUGGAAAAGCCUUUGUAUGUCACAGUCAUCUUCAAAUGCAUAAAAGAACACAUACUGGAGAAAAACCCUAUGAAUGUACUCAGUGUGAUAAAGCCUUUGCACAACACAGUCAUCUUCAAAGGCAUAAACGAAUACAUACUGGAGAGAAACCUUAUGAAUGUAAUCAGUGUGGUAAAGCCUUUGUAUGUUAUAGUCAUCUUCAAAAGCAUAAAAGAACACAUACUGGAGAGAAACCCCAUGAAUGUAAUCAGUGUGGUAAAGCCUUUGCACAACACAGUCAUCUUCAAAUGCAUAAAAGAACACAUACUGGAGAGAAACCCUAUGAAUGUAAUCAGUGUGCUAAAGCCUUUGCACAACACAGUCAUCUACAAAGGCAUAAACGAACACAUACUAGAGAGAAACACUAUGAAUGUAAUCAGUGUGGUAAAGCCUUUACAUGUAUGAGUAAUCUUAAAAAUCAUGAGAAAAAGUCAUACUGCAAAGAAACCCUAUAAAUAUAGUCAGUGUGGUAAAGUUUUGUACUUUAUACAGGAGUAAAACUUUUUGUGUGUAAUCAAUCUGUUAAAGCCUUUCCAUAUCACAAUAGUUUUUGACUAUCUGAAAAAGAUACUGUUGGCAUCUUAUUAUAAAUUAUUUGGUAAGAUCUUUAUCCAAUACACUUAUAAUCAGUUACACAGGAGUGUGUAUUCUGAAGAAAAAUAUUUGACAAUGUAAACAAUCUGUUCAACAUUUUGAUGUCCAUUUUUACAUUGCUUACACCAGAAAACUCAUGGAACAAAUGAACUUAGGAAUUUAUGAAAGCUUAUGUAUGGGGUAAAAGGGCCAGGCACAGAAACACACCCUGACCAUGAAAAUAGAGCCAGUGAAAGACACACCCCUUGGCCCCGAAAUCAGAGCUAAAACCACACUUUGACCCUGAAAUAAGAGACAAAGAAACACUUUGUCCCUGAACCAAGAACCUGUGAUAGAAACACCCUGACCCUGAAACUAGACCCAAAAUGUUAAAAGGAGCCAGUGAAAGAAACACACUUUGGACCUGAAACCAGAACCCAGGAAACACACUCUACCCUUGACCAACAAAGCACCAAACCAACCAACCCCUGAGCUUGAAACCAACCAAUGCCUGAGCAUGAAAUACAGCCAAUCUUUGAGCUUGUUCAAGCCCUGUGCCUGUUCAUUUGGCAGCUGCCUUUUACCACCCUGGCAGAGGCAGUGGCUCUCCUGGAUUCCUUUCUUCCAAAUAAGUCUCUUGAAUGAGUUUUGGGUGAAGAUCUUUCACUGAAGCAGUUCAGAAUCUCACUAUUGGCUUGGAUCAGAGAAACAAUGGACACCUCUGCUGUCAAACUCCCUUUAAGGAGCACAGCAGAAGUAACAACUUUUCACUAGAGACUGCUGCAUUUCUACAGCCAUUUCCUCUUACUUGAGUGAAGCAGAGAAGUAACAAUUUUGGCUGGAGCUGAGGAGAAAUGGACAACUCUGAUGGGACACUCCCUAGUAGAGCAGAGCAGAGAAGCAAUUGACAGCUCUGCUGAGAAACUUCCUUAGGGUAGUGGGGCAGAGCAGCAAUGGGCAUCUCUGCUGGGUAACUCUCUUAGUGUAGUGUCACAGAACCCAGCUGUAAUGGCUCCCUUUUGGAGAGGAGCAGGAUUACUGCAUUCUGCAGGAAUAUCAUUCCUUACUGGAACACAGCUUCAUGUAUAACCUGACUUCCCAACAGUCAGGGUACCUUUCUCCUCACAGCAGUAGGUAUCCAGGAUAUCUUCCCUUCAAAACUGUAGGUAUGGCCUGAUUUCCAACAGUCAGAGUAUCUUUCUCUUCAGAGCUGUAGGUAUCCAGGAGACCUUCCUUUGACAGCUAUAGGUAUAGCAUGACAAUGAUAGUCAGGAUACCUUUCCCACCAGAGCUUUAACACUUGCACUAUGAAUAUAAACAAUAAUGUAACCCUUUUAGAUUCUAUACUUCUCUUCAAUUACAUGAAAUAACUAAUUCAGGUAUAAACCUUUAUGAAUUUGUGUUAGCUCCUUUUUUGUUGUGAUAUAAUGUCUAGGUCAGCUUAUAAAUGAGUUUAAUUUGGCCCUUGGUUCCAGAGGGAUAUAGGAACACCACGAAAGUGGCAUGGCAACAGUGUCAGACACGACAGCUAAAGCAGGAAGGUAAGAACUCACAUCUUUAACCUGCAGCAUGAAGCAGAGAGUGGGAACUAGAAAUAGUAUGUAGAUGUAAAUUCUCAAAGCCUACCCCCAGUGACAUAUUUCCUCUAGCAGGGCAGCAUCUCCUAAAUACUUCCAAAUGAAACCACUAACUUAGAAGGAUUGAUUUCUCAGAUUUCAUGCCUAAAUGUUGCUUUUUUGUUAUAUGAACCAAUUCAUGGUGAAGAAAAACUCUGUAAGUAAGCCAUUAGAUACCUGAACACCUGUGGUACAGGAGUGAAUGCUUACAUGAGAAAAUCAUUCAUGAAUGUAAAAUUGUUUAAGAGUUGUUUUAUUUAUAAUUAUGUGAUGUCAUUGUGUAUUUGUGUGUGUGUGUGUGUGAAUGUGCAUGCUCAUUCCUGGGAACUUUAGACCCUUGGAUUUUCUUGUAGCAGGAAAUAAGGGAAGUUGUCAAAAAUUGGACCUUGGUCCUGGGAAUGAACAUUUCUUAACUGCCCAGCCAUGUCUCUAGUACUGUUAAUAUUUUAAAGCCUAUUUUUGUCAUUUUGAAGUCAGGAAAUAGGGACAAACAUGCAAGAGAAAAACCCUAUUUGUGUAAAUGAUUUGGAUAUCAUAGUUGUUUUCAGCUUCAAGAAAAAAAAAACCAUGUUUCAUUUAUUUUUCAUUAUAGCCUUGAAGGAAGUAAAUUACUUACCAUGUUCACAUAAGACUGAUGGUGGAGAUGACUGCAUUGUGGUUUCUAUUUUGAAACAUUUGAGAUACAUACUAAAGUGUAUAUAUAUAUGUGUGUGGCAACUCCAUUUGUUGAAGUUUAUUUUGUGGUCUUUAUAUUCCUUUUGUGGCUUUUGUUCAUCUUCUAUUGUACUUUUGCUUAGAGAUAGGUAUUUUUCUGCUGUAAUGAAUAGGAUGGUAUCCUCAUCAUCUAAGUGAUCCAUUGUUUAUUUAAAUAUCAGGCAGUGUUUGAUUGCACUUUUCAAGUAAGGGUGUCUGUAAAAUGGUUGUUGUUCCUGGUUUUGUUUUUCAUUUUUUCACAAAUUUCCUUGAGAUUUUGUUGUUUGUUAUUCAGCUUGUUUUGGAUGUCAAUAAUGAUUCAGGGAUACAUUUCAACUUAUGAUCCUCAUGAGUCUGCCUCCUGAGAACAAGUCCAAGAGUAGAUGAUGUACUCUCAACAUGUGCUGUUUUGUCAACAUAAUUUAACAAUGCUAAUGUUAAAAUAUUUAAUAGAAGAGACUAUAAGAAACAUUAAAUACCUCAUGUAUGUACUGAAAGUAGUAUUUUCAUUUAUCUGGUAAAAAUGCAAUAAAGUAUGGUAAUCAGCAAUCAA